AUGGAGAGCCGACAUGCAGCCCGACUUAUGGCGCGGCUACGACCUUUGCGCACCGAAGAAGAUGUAUGUGUGGUUGGGAACAACGGGGACCUGGAGCUGAAUAUGACCAACGAGGGCCUAGCCCGCCUUCUGACUGGUAGCGAUUGGUAUUUGGCGUCGGUCAUGUUGCCGUCUCGCAAGCACAAUCUCUCAUUUGAAACCGGAACCUCUCAUGAAGAAUUUGAUGCAGCUCACCUGGUUCAUAUAAACGGCCGGAUUGCAGUGAUCGAUGCAAUAGAUCGAAAAGAAGUAGAGUUCAAACUGAACACGGAAACUAUCAACAGCUUGGUGGAUUACGAUACUCAACAAAAAGCCGACACAAGCGACCAUAAUUGUCGAUCAGCGUUUGUCAAGACAUUGCGCGCAAGAUUCGGAGAGUUUGUGUAUCGGACCAAUCUUGCAGUCUUAGAGGGAAUGGAGAGUGAUGGUUCAGGGGAGCUGAACGCGGAACAGAGCAUCAAAGUGAGGAACAGCAUCAGGCGUCUCUUGGGGUUACCAAUCAUCCCAACUCCUGAGCCAAGCCUUCUACAGUGCAGAAAGGCUACCCUGAUCACCCAUGGCGCGCAUGUACCCAUUCGGUUGGAGGGACUCGCGAUGAUAGUACCCGGUUCGACGGUCAUAUCAUUUCAACCAUCUCUCGCAACGCCUCUCAUUGCCUCUUGGGAAACGUGGUAG